AUGAAGGACGGCAAAGAAGUUGAGCUCCACACCUGGAACGGGCAAGAUGACCCUGAUAAUCCAUUCAAUUGGUCCUUCAAGUACAAAUGGAUACUCACCAUUACUGUCUGCUUCAUAUCCAUCCUAACUGGUCUGCCGGCCGGUUCUUAUGGCGCCGGUAACGAUCCCAUGUCGACUCUCUUCUCUGUCAAAAACGAACCAUUUCCGAACCUUUACUGGGCCACGUGCAGUUGGAAUGUUGGCGCAGCACUAUUCCCGCUUGUGUUCGUGCCUCUGACUGAGAAUACUGGCCGCAUGCCUGGCUACUUCGCUGCUUAUAUCAUCUUUGAACUGUUCCUUUUCGGCUCGGCUUUCGCAGACAACUUUGCAACGCUAGUUGUAACAAGAUUCUUCGGCGGUGGAGCGUCUUCCGUCUCCAUCAACAUUGUCGGUGGCAGCAUUAGCGAUGUGUGGAGGGGCGACAAGGCUCGCAGUCUUCCCAUGUCCCUGUUCGGAUUUACUAGCGUUGCUGGAAUUGCGCUCGGUCCCUUCAUCGGUAGUGCUAUCGUCCAGAUCCGCCGCCCUAACAUUGGCCUGGAUGCACCCUGGCGCUGGAUCUACUACAUCCAAAUCAUUUACAACGCUGCCCUGAUCCCAGUCUUCUGGUUCAUUCUCCAGGAAACCCGCGGCGACGUCAUUCUCAGGAAGCGCGCAAGGAAGCUCCGCAAAGAGACCGGCCGAGAAAUAUACGCCGAAUCAGAGCUCGUGAAGACAUCGAUCGCCAUGCAGUUGAAGCUCUCCUUCAUGCGACCCACUAAGAUGUUGCUCACCGAACCCGUUGUUAUCUUCUUUACGCUAUGGAUCAGCUUCGCCUGGGGCAUUCUUUUCCUGUUUUUCUCGUCUGUCGUCCAGACCUUUAGCCAGAGCUACGGCUUCGGCAUCUUCCAGACUGGUCUCAUCCAGCUCGCCAUUACAGCCGGAGCCGCCAUUGGCACAUUCAUUAACCCGCUGCAAGAUUGGCUAUAUCUCCGCACCGCGUCCAAGAAUACCGAACGCCCCGGCAAGCCAAUCCCUGAAGGCCGACUGUACACGAGCAUUCCCGGCUCAUUCCUCUUCACCGUGGGCUUAUUCAUGUAUGGGUGGAGUUCAAGACCAGAGGUGCACUGGAUCGUGCCCACCAUCGGCGUGUGCAUCGUCGGUAUUGGAAUCUACUCGAUCUACAUGGGCGUAGUCAACUACCUCACCGACGCAUACGAGAAAUACGCCGCCUCCGCACUCUCCGCCGCGUCACUUGGACGCAACACUUUCGGCGCCUUCCUACCCUUUGCUUCGUUCCAGCUCUUCAAGACGCUGGGCUUUGGCUGGGCCGGCAGCUUGCUUGGCUUCAUCGGCCUGAUCCUGAGCAUCGUCCCCAUUGUACUCCUGUUCAAGGGCCGGGAAAUCCGCGCCAAGAGUCCAUUUAUGGCGGAUUCGACCUUUGAUGAGGAGGAGGCGACGUAUCGGCGGAAUAGCGUGACGCGGCCUCCUAUGUCUAGGGGUGCGAGCGUUGUGUGA